AUGAGUGACAUCAACAUUUCACAAGUUCUCCAGAACGCAAUCUUGGCUACGGAUGCAAACAAGCGUUCCGAAGCAGAGAAUCAACUUAAUGGGCUUCUCAACAGUAAUUUCCAUGAAUAUUUAAGACUUUUAACCAACACGUUGGCGGACGAGAAUGAACGAACUGAAGUUCGAAUGCUCGCUGGUUUGGGCUUGAAGAACCAGCUGACUGCCAAGGAUGAAAGGACCAAGCAAGCCAGAGCUAACCGUUGGAUAGAGUUGGAGACUGAAGCUAAGAAGCAAAUCAAAGAAACCGCAUUAAAGGCUCUUUUGACGGAGGAUACCAGAGUGGCCAACUCCGUGGCUCAGUUGGUAGCUGCUAUUGCUGAUAUCGAGUUACCUAGAUCUGAAUGGCCAGAGCUCAUGUCAAUUAUAGUAGAAAACACAAAGGCUGACAAACCAGUGAACGUUAAACGUGCCUCCUUAUUGACCAUUGGUUACAUCUGUGAGACAGCAGACCCGUUAAAUGCUGGUGUAGUGUCCCAGGCUAAUGGAAUUUUAAUUGCCAUUGUUCAAGGUGCUCAAGCCUCUGAACCUUCGAAGAUAGUACGUUUAACCGCCAUAAAUGCUUUAGUGAACUCCUUGGAGUUUAUCAGAUAUAAUUUUGAAAGAGAGGGAGAAAGAAACUUUAUCAUGCAAGUAGUCUGCGAAACUACCCAGGCAGAUGAUCCAGAGUUACAAGCGAGUGCAUUUGGUGCUCUUGCCAAAAUCAUGAGUUUAUAUUACCCGUAUAUGAGCGUUUACAUGGAACGAGCGUUAUAUGGAUUGACAGUUUCUGGUAUGCAGAGUUCUAACGAAAAAGUCGCCUGUAUGGCCGUGGAAUUUUGGAGCACUGUCUGUGAAGAGGAGCUAGAAAUUGCCUUACAAAAGGAAGAGUAUGCCGAAACUGGUACUGCGGCAGAAGACCUGACAUCCUACAACUUUGCAUUGGUGGCAAUCCAAGAUGUUCUGCCAACCCUCCUGACACUACUCACAAGACAAAAUGAAGACGCAGAAGACGAUAGUUGGUCUGUUGCAAUGGCUGCAGGUGCUUGUUUGCAGCUCUUUGCUCAGAAUACCGGAAACUAUGUUGUCCAGCCAACGCUUCAAUUUGUCGAGGGAAACCUAACUGGCCCUACGUGGAGGAAUAAGGAAGCAGCUGUUAUGGCUUUUGGGUCGAUCUUAGAUGGUCCUGAUAGAGAGCAGUUGAAGGUUUUGAUCUCACAGGCCCUUCAGCCAAUCCUGCAGCUUAUGCAAGAUGAAUCAUUGCAUGUCAAGGAAACUGUAGCAUGGUGCUUAGGAAGAAUUGCAGACCUGGUCAUUGAUGCCAUUGAUAUCAAUCAACAUUUGCCAGCCGUUAUUCAAGCGGUCGUACAAGGAUUGGCUGACCAUCCCAAAGUUUCAACCAACUGCUGUUGGACUUUGAUUAAUUUGAUGGAACAACUGUGUGCAAACGGAUCGCAAUUGGAAACUACACCAAUGUCGCAAUAUUAUGAAACUCUAGUUCCAACACUUAUCAAAUUGUCUGGUUCGGAAGAGAAUGAGUACUCUGCUCGUACCUCUGCAUAUGAAACCCUAGCGACCCUUGUGUAUUACAGUUCCAAUGAUGUCAUGCCCAUAGUAAACCAGGUUGCGUCAGAGGUUUUGAACAGAUUGGAAGCCACCAUUCAAAUGCAACAGCAUGUGGAAACUGCCGAGGAAAAGGCAAACUUGGAAGAACUCCAAAGUAGCAUUCUAAGUCUCCUGACCAACGUCAUCCGUCGGGCAGGACUAGAAGUAAGCGCUGUAUCUGACAAUUUGAUGGAAUUGUUUUUAAGACUGUUGCAAGCGCAAGAAAACAAUGCUCUGAUUGAGGAGGACAUUUUCAUAGCCAUUUCAUCCAUUGCCACGGCAAUAGAGAAGGGCUUUGUGAAAUACAUGGAUGCAUUUUUGCCUUUCCUGGUAGCUGCGUUACAGAAUAUUGAGUCUCCAGUUUGUAAUACGGCUAUUGGAUUGAUUGCUGAUAUCUCACAUUCACUCGGUGAUGGAAUCCUUCCAUAUGUUCCUAACCUGAUUAAUAUUUUGGGAGCUGCUCUUAUGAAUCAAAACAUCAAAAGAGAUUUAAGACCUAUAAUAUUGUCAUGUUUUGGAGACAUUGCAUCGUCUAUUGGUGAACACUUUUUACCAUAUCUGGAAGUGGUGAUGAACAUUUGCGCAAGCGCUCAAUCUCUGCAGGUAGAAGAUGGUUCAAUUGAAAAUUUGGACUACAUCCUUACCGUGAGAGAGUCCGUAUUGGACGCGUACGUCGGCAUUAUUGGAGGAUUGCAUUCACAUCCAGAAGCCAUUUUCCCCUACACCCAGCAGGUGAUGGACUUUUUAUUAUCAGUUUAUUCGGAUAUAAACAUGUCUUCUUCUGACACCGUUAGUCGAUCUGCAGUGGGUAUUCUAGGUGAUCUUGCUUUGAUGUUCCCUAAUGGGGAAAUCAAACAAAUUUACACGCAAGAUUGGGUGACACAGUUUAUAAAGAGCACGAGGUCAAAUCCUUCUUUCCAACAGUCUACCAAGGACACUGCCAGAUGGGCCAGAGAACAGCAGAAAAAGCAGUUGUCUCUAUAA